AUGGGAAGGAAACUGGAUGCUUUACUGGGAAGGAACAGAUAUUUGAAGCCUUCCAAGUUUAAGACCCUUGCUAAUAUGGCCAUUUCUAGGACUUCCAUUCUAAAAAACCAGCACCGCGCCCGUUGCUCCCUUGCCCGUGCCGACGUUCUUCAGCUCUUGAAUCUUGGUUACCAACAUCGUGCUCAGCUUAGAGUUGAGAUUGUGAUUAAGGAGAAUAACAUGUUGGAUGCUCUUGGAAUGAUAGAGGAUUACUGCUGCCUUCUCGUAGAAAAGGUCGCUCUUUUUCAGAUGAACAAGGAAUGCCCUGGUGAAGUUAAGGAGGCGAUAUCCAGUCUGAUCUUUGCAGCUUCAAGAUGUGGAGAGUUUCCAGAACUUCAAGAGAUUCGUCGGAUUUUCGAGUUGAAGUUUGGUACGGAAUUUGCAAGCAGUGCCAUUGAUUUACGCAACAACUGUGGUGUUAGUCCUAAGAUGAUUCAAAAAUUUUCAACAAAACAGCCCACUGCCGAAACUAAACUGAAAGUGCUAAAGGAAAUUGCUUCAGAAAAUGGCAUUCCUCUGAAUUUAGAGGAAGAACCACCAAUAAUCGUCAAGGAAAAGCUAAACCAAAAGUUGGAAGUUAAGAAAGAAGCAGAUUUGUAUAAUCCUGAAGUCACAAACACCACAGAUGAUCUACAUGAAGUUAUUACAAGUGAAAAGCUGGCAUCGGAAUUAGUGAAAGCAAAGAAGUUUAAAGAUGUAGCUAGUGCCGCAGAAGAAGCCUUCCAAUCAGCAGCUAAAGCAAUCAACUUUUUGAAGUCCGAAUCACAGGAUAUUGAUUCAGAUCAUGAAGAUGGCUCUCAUCUACAAAAGAAUGGAAAAAGCUCAGAGUUGAAUAGUUCUUAUGAAUCUAAGCUUAAUACAAAAGAAGCAAGCAUACCUUCCAGUAAGAUUGACUAUUCAGACGACAGAUUUAGUUUUGAAAAGAUUUGUCCCGUUGGGCUUGAAAGUUGCAGUUCUCAAUAUGAAGAUGCAGACAUGGAAGAAACCAAUCAAGAAGAAUUACCAAAAGAACCUGCCAUAGAAAGUACAUCCUCUGUUCUAAACUUAUGUUCAGAUAUUAAUAAUACGAAGGAGCAAUCAUCAGAACCAAAUUCAACCUUCUACAACGAGUCAGAUGGCGACAAGAUAAUCAGUAAAGAUAAUGAAGUUGCCAGUGGAAAAGAAAUUUCAGAAGAGAAUAUCAAAGUUCACGAACCAAAGUAAAUUACUUGGUCAGUCACAUUUAGAUUGGAAGGAAACGUGUAGUAAAUUUCUUGGUCAGUCACAAUUAGCAGCUUCGAAUUUCUCCAUAAAAGGGUACGAACAAUUUUGCUAGGGCAGACAUGUAAACAUUAUUAUUUUUUCAGAGAUUUUUAUUUGAGUACAAUACAUUUAUACGGUUGAAAAUAAUGUAACUAAUACUAGGAUAGGUAGCAAAGAAAUUUUUGAUAUUGCAAAGUUCUAUUUAAUUUAGUAUUCUAACAAAA